UCUCUAUGGCAACGACAACUAUCUAUUAGCGGUGCUCUGUUCUUUAGUUGGAAAUUACUAGCUAAUCGUUGUAGCUUUUACUGACAUCAUGAGCUAUUUAUUUGUGGGGAAGUAAUUCGUUAGUUUGGUAGUUAAGUAAAUAAAUUCCUUGUGUAUCGAAUGAGGAGAAACAUUACUCAUGUGCGAACUGUAGCGUUAGCUGAAUGCUAACACUCACUAACAUUAAAACAAUACCUGAUUAUUAUGGCAGACUGUUGGAACACUGAUACAGGGGAGGCUGUGUUUCGGACCCAGGAUGCUAUCAAGAACUUAAGAAUAAAGGUUCGGAUAGAGAGAGUGACCUCUGCAGCAGCUCUCUCUCAGCACCUUCAGCAGCAAGUUCUUUCACAGCCCAACAGAGGAGACAUUGAGCUGGAAACCUUCACAUCAACAGGCCAGACAGGUGAGAAUGAGGAGGAGCUGGUGAUUGGAUGGCAGGAGAAACUCUUCAGCCAGUAUGAGAUGGAGCUCUUUCAGAGUGAAUCAGCAUGUCAGACCCCCUUGGACCGUCAGUAUCACUUACAAGUCAAAGCCCUGAAAAGGUCAAAGGGCAGGAGAAAGAACAGGAUUUUCACAUACACUGAACAUGACCGCUACACCAACUGUCUUCUUCCCUUCCAGCAACUGAAACAAGCCACAGACCUAUUGAUCAUGACCAAAUCCAGCCCCACAUUCCUGGCCGAGAGGAUGGCUAGUGUGAGACAUCGGCGGCAGGAAAGACGCACCAUGGAUUCAAGUAUCCCUAAAUCAAAGAUCAUCACCUGGGAGCCUUCAGAGGAGUUUGUGAGAGACAGUCAUGUGGUGAAUAAUAGCAUGCAGACUAUGCACAUCAUGGCAGACCUCGGCCCUCCUGGAAGGACAGUCGAUAGAAUCAGAAAUUCAGAAGUCAGGAAAGACAUGCAGCAAAGGAGCCAUAGGCCAGAUUUGAACCCGGACCACCCAGGCAGAGGAUAUCAGCCUUUGCUUGGCCAGCAGGAGGGUGAAUGUUUGCUGAUGACCAUCAAAACAGACGGCAGUGGGACAGUCAUAGUAAAACCUGACUUCAACAAAGGCAAAGAGCCCUACAGGAUUGUAACAGAGGGGGAGAGGAGAGAAGUUUGGCGUCUCACUCUGGAGAACGUGUCUCCAGCUAUGAAACCAGAGGAAAAAGAGAAGGAGCAAAUCAUGUACAAAGACCUGUAUGCACAUCACAGAGACUACGCCAACAGCCUUGUAGGACAAGACUUUGAAAUGCCUCCUGCUGGUAUCCUGCGCUAUGUGAUGCAUGGAGAGAUUGUCUCAGCCAAAGGGUUUGAAUAUGAUAACUUAUACAUCCACUUUUUCACGGAACUGCCCAACAAUUGGUCCAGUUUGCCUUUUCAGUCUCACUCUGGGGUUACCCAAACGUGCCGCACUAAAACAUUAGGAAAGGAAGAUGUUGCUUUCUUCAGUUUCCCCUUCAGCUUUGAAGCAUCUUACAUGUGUGAAAAAGAGAGUGAGGAGGCAAUAUUGCAGUGGCCAGUUCUCUACUUUAAAGUUCUCUCUCUGGACUUCUGGCAACGCUAUCGCACUGAAGGUUAUGGAUAUCUGCUUUUUCCUGCUAUACCUGGGAAACAUACAAUAACAUGCCAUACAUGGAGACCUCUCCAGACAGGAACAGUCUCUGCACUACGCCGAUUCUUCAUUGGAGGUUCUCCAGAGCUUGAAGACCAGAGCUACAUCAGGAUACCAGGGACCUUCAAGGGCGAAAGGCUGAGUCGCUUUGGCUUCACAACAGAAACCACAGGGAGUGUCACCUUUACCCUGCACUGCAUCCAGCAAGCCAGGUCCUUUAUUGAUGCCAAUAUGUUAAAGAAGAGAAGGCAGAGAGUUUUUGAUCAGCUGGGAGGAUUCAGUCAGCAGGGAGCUGUUUGCUCCAUUCUAGAGGCCUUCCAAAGGGCCAGGAGAAAGAUGCAGGAAGCCCGAGAAAGUCUUCCCAGAGACAUCAUUAACGCCACCUCCCAACUACAGAUUGAAUCAUCUACAGCAACGUGAAAGUCAUCGACCAACAUGAAAAAGCAAAAACACCACAACAUGUUAUUUUAAGAUUCAAAAGAGAAAUGGCAAAACUGGAGGUUAUGAGUUCCCCUUUUACUUUUUAUCAAAAUAAUGCAGAUGUCAUGUUUGGCUGAUUGUAACUGUGAUGAGUCAGAGAGAAGAGUCUUUAUUAAUGUAUAAAGACAGAUACCACAGCUAGAGCUUCAUCUAAAUAUGAAUUUAUAAAUGUAUGAAAAGCGGUUUCUAAGGUUGGUAUUGCCACAAACUGUAUUGGAUAAUAUGUCACAGAUUGUUUAAGAUCAUAUUUCUAUACUUAAUGUUCAGACAGUAAGGUAUGCAAAUGUUUAAAAUAGGACAUGUAAGGGUUUGAUCCUCUGUCUUCUAUUGUUACUUUGAACAUACUAGCCAAUUUUGCUGCUGUAAAAAUAUUUUUUUUAAUAUUAGAAUGUUGUUUUUUCUGCUUGAUUUAUUUCCAUUCACAACAUGAUACUUGGCUUGUAUGUUUUGAUUAUACAUUAUUGAAACGUUUCUACUUUUUUAAAUGGAUUUUAUGAAUUUAACAUGCAAAAGUUUCUGUAAUAAACAAAAA